AUGUUUUAUUCAAGUUUAUUAUUGGUCAUGAGAUUAUAGAUGACAAGCCGUCAAUAAUUAAUUUAGAAGGAAUAAAUGUAAUAGAUUCUAAAUUAAUAGAGUCAAGAAAUAAUGAUGAUAUCAAUGGAGUCAAAUUAAACUAUUAUUAAAUAGGAUAAAGUAUGUAAAUGAAUAAGGCAUUUAUCAAAAUUAUUAGAACCUAAUUCGUAAUCAACAAACUUAUAAUUAUUUACAUACUGAUUUACAAUUAGGAUAUGUUUUGGGAGUAAAAUUUAAUACAACAGCUUGUGUUGAUAAAGCUUUGAUUUUAGUCUAAAUUAGUACAGAGAUACCAAUGAAAGUCAAUUUAAUCAUUGAUAAUUUCUUUGAUUAAUUUUAAGUCUAUUUGGAAUAAAUUAAUAUAGAAUAUUUCAGCAUCUUAAACAUGAUGUUAUUACUGAAUUAAAAGAAAACCUUUAAAGUUUAAGUGAAGAAGGUGAUCGUUUAUGGAAAUAUAUUAGUGCUGCCACGUAAAAAUUCCUAUUAUUAUUUAUAGUUAAAGUAUGGUAACAUAAAUGUUGA